GGGUCCCGGCAGCUUCUAGUAGGUUCCAGAAGGCGGCGCGUGCGGUUGGGAACGCGGAGCGGACGGAGUCGAUUCAACGGGGUUCCGGGCCGGGCUAUGGAGCAGGUAAACGAGCUAAAGGAGAAGGGCAACAAGGCCCUGAGCGCCGGCAACAUCGACGACGCCCUGCGCUGCUACUCGGAGGCCAUCAAGCUCGACCCCCGGAACCACGUGCUCUACAGCAACCGCUCGGCCGCCUACGCCAAGAAGGGGGACUACCAGCGGGCGUACGAGGACGGCUGCAAAACCGUGGACUUGAAGCCCGACUGGGGCAAGGGCUAUUCUCGAAAAGCAGCGGCUCUUGAGUUCUUAAACCGCUUUGAAGAAGCCAAGAGAACCUACGAAGAGGGUUUAAAACAUGAAGCAAACAAUCCUCAGCUCAAAGAGGGCUUGCAGAACAUGGAGGCCCGGCUGGCAGAGAGGAAGUUUAUGAACCCUUUCAACAUGCCCAAUCUGUACCAGAAGUUGGAGAACGACCCCAGGACAAGGACCCUGCUCGCUGACCCCACCUACCGGGAUCUGAUAGAGCAGCUGAGAAACAAGCCGUCCGACCUGGGCACGAAACUGCAGGAUCCCCGGAUCAUGACGACACUCAGCGUCCUGCUGGGGGUGGACCUGGGCAGCAUGGACGAGGAGGAGGAGGUGGCGACGCCGCCCCCACCGCCCCCUCCCAAGAAGGACGCCAAGCCAGAGCCCAUGGAAGAGGAUCUGCCGGAGAAUAAGAAGCAGGCGCUGAAAGAGAAAGAGUUGGGGAACGAAGCCUACAAGAAGAAAGACUUUGACACAGCCUUGAAGCACUACGACAGGGCCAAGGACCUGGACCCCACCAACAUGACUUACAUGACCAAUCAAGCAGCCGUGUACUUCGAGAAGGGCGACUACGGCAAGUGCCGGGAGCUUUGCGAGCAGGCCAUCGACGUGGGGCGAGAGAACCGCGAAGACUAUCGGCAGAUUGCCAAAGCUUAUGCUCGAAUCGGCAACUCCUACUUCAAAGAAGAAAAGUAUAAGGACGCCAUCCACUUCUAUAACAAGUCCCUGGCGGAGCACCGAACCCCAGACGUGCUCAAGAAAUGUCAGCAGGCGGAGAAAAUUCUGAAGGAGCAAGAGCGGCUGGCCUAUAUAAACCCCGACCUGGCCUUGGAGGAGAAGAACAAAGGCAACGAAUGUUUUCAGAAAGGGGACUACCCCCAGGCCAUGAAGCACUACACGGAAGCCAUCAGACGGAAUCCUAAAGAUGCCAAAUUGUACAGCAAUCGAGCCGCCUGCUACACCAAGCUGCUGGAGUUUCCGCUGGCGCUAAAGGUGGGCGCGGGCACGGGGCGCGCUCUGCUGUGCGUUCGAGUUGCCGCCCACGUCCGCUCCGGCUGCCUCAAGUUCAGCCCCAGUGCCCCCUGGGCCCCUGCCAGUUGGCCCCACUGUCACAAAGAAAAGGUCAGUGAUGACAUUGCCAGGGUAGCCAGUGAUCGGAAGGAUCCUUUAGCUAGAGAACUCAGUGGAACCAUCCAGAACCUGGAUGCUGCCAUGUCGCCAGCCUUGUGA